GGUGAUAUCAUUCCUCUUGACAGCAUAUGUCAGGUCAUUCAGAUCAUCCCAAAGUUUGGUGUCAAGGCCCCUAGGGGGAUGACAUGUGACAACUGUCUGGAUGUGGAGUGUGAGUUCUACAUCAAUAGUUUUGUGGACAAAGAGACCUUUCAUGCCAUCCUGAGCUACCAGUGA